GGCGGCCUCAGCGCCCAAGCUAAGAUAGGUACAGUACCUGAAGGUCCGUGAGGCAGCCUCGAGCAGUCAGCAGAUUGAACCUACUCACGCCCAGCAGCGAAAACUACCUACCUACCUUACCUAAUGAACGCAAUGUCGGCUCUAUGUGACGUCUGUCUUCGAAUGUUUCGCGCCGGCACUAGCCCCCAUGGUAUGGCACGCGUAGAACUAGCCACAGAGACGUCUCCAUCGAGCUACUUCGUCUCCGAAUCAUUCACUCACCACCUCUCGCCUCAAAGUUUGCAAGCCUCGGAGGAGGGAGGAUGUUACGUAUGCAUACUGCUUCUCAAGUUUUUAUUGUCCGAGGCGGAUGCGGAUGGCACAGCACUUCAGGCGCGUGUUGUCAACGCAACUUUCACACACUACACGUUUGUGUGCACGGCCGACGGCGAGAACCGAUACUACGCUCCUUUUUACAUGUCCCUUAUGUGCUUCGGCAGCUGUGGAAUGCGAUUACGGCGCUCCGCGUUUCAGAAUGGGCGGGCUCGCUGGAACUCAAGGAACCCGCCGGCCACACCCUCUCGAAAAAGGGCUGGAUACAAGUGACGGAAUGGAUUUCGGAAUGCAACAAAUCCCAUGCAAGAUGUGCCGCAGCCAAAAACUCGCCCCGCUGGUACCCGACACGCCUGAUCGAUCUUGGAUCACGGGUCUCGCCGAACCUACAUCUCAUCGAAACCAGUCGAACCACUCCACUAGGCGCAUAUGGAACUCUCAGCUACUGCUGGGGCACGGCCGCCACCGUGAAGCUGACUUGCAAUACGCUGGGGGAGUUUCUCGCUCGUUUGCCCGUAUCGACGCUCCCAAAAACAUUCCAGGACGCGAUAAGUGUUGCGAGACGGCUUGGCCUCCGCUAUCUCUGGAUUGACUCGCUCUGCAUUAUCCAGGACUCCCCCGGGGACUGGCUCGCGGAAUCAUCAGCCAUGGGCCAGGUCUACCAAAACGGGCUGUUCAACAUUGCUGCAACCGCGUCGUCGGAUAGCACCGGAGGGCUCUUCUUUGACCGAGAUCCCCGGAGUGUGCGGCCCGCCAUUGUCGCGACAAACUGGAGUGAUUGCCCUUCGUCGACGUACGUGGUGGCCAAUCGGGACACGUGGGUAGACGGGGUUUCCAACGCUGUGCUCAACACGCGAGGCUGGGUCUUGCAGGAACGCUGUCUGUCUCCCAGGAUCAUCCAUUUUGGCUCCGAUCAGCUGUACUGGGAGUGUCUCGAGCUGCAGGCCUGCGAGGCCUUCCCAACAGGUUUGCCGGCUACUAUGCGUCGCAAUAGGCUGGAGCUCCCAAAGGAGGGCAAGAAUAUCAAUAUCCUUGACGAAGAGUUUCCACCGAAGUGGCAGCAAUCCCCCCUUCCAAAGUUCGAUGGCUAUCGCGCCUGGAAGCGGCUUAUCGAGACAUACUCCCGCACCCAGCUGAGCCAUGCCACGGACAAGCUGAAUGCCAUUUCGGCGCUGGCAAAAGGCGCUCGCCUUACUCUGCAGGACGAAUACCUAGCUGGUUUAUGGAGACAAUCCUUGGGAUGGGAGCUUGCCUGGACUGCCACUAAACAAACCAGUCAUACCAGAUCAAGUGCGUAUCGUCCUCCCACAUGGUCAUGGGCGUCUAUCGACGGAGAGAUACGCUACACCGACUACGGAGACGACGAAUCUCUUCUGGUCAACAUCCUUGAAGCUGAAAUCACGCCGGCAGGUCUAGAUACCACCGGUGCCGUCAGUGGUGGCUUUGUUCGCCCGAGAGGUUUCUUGUACCCCAUCUUGCUCGCUCGAACUGGUUUUUGCGGUGAAUUCAGCUCUUUUCUUAUCGGUGGGCUGGAGAGGUGGGUAGAUGUCAACUUUUACCUGGACAUCGACAUACCCGCCUUCCUCGCCAGCGGUGUACUGGAAGACUGUUACAUUCUGCCCCACCACUCCGAAACGUAUCAAGGCCCAGAUAGCUAUCAGAUGACGGCGUUGUUACUCAGAUAUGACC